GGAUUGCCAAACAAGUUGUGGCGUCCCGGCGUUAGUCUGCACGCGUCGCGGUGCCGCACCGAGUUACCACAGAGAUGCGGGAGAAUAUGCGGUGUUGCGCGACAACAAUAGCGAUCGUCGUUUUUACAGGGUGUUUGAGAACUGUUUGGAGUAUCAUGGAUCCGAAUAUAGAAAUUCCGAAGUUCACUGGACCAAUUUUGAAUAUAACAGUGCCGGUCGGACGAGAGGCUCAGUUAGAGUGCGGAGUCGACAAUUUAUCAACCUUCAAGGUGGCAUGGUUAAGGGUGGAUACUCAGACCAUACUCACUAUUCAUAGUCACGUUAUCACAAAAAAUCACAGGAUAGCAGUGACUCACGCGGAACAUAAGCUUUGGUAUCUGCACAUAAAAGAUGUCCGAGAGAGUGACAGAGGAUGGUAUAUGUGUCAAAUCAACACUGAUCCUAUGAAGAGUCAAGUGGGGUAUUUGGACGUUGUUGUUCCACCAGAUAUACUGGAUUAUCCGACAAGUACCGACAUGGUGGUGAGAGAAGGUUCAAACGUCACCAUGAGAUGCGCAGCAACAGGAUCUCCUGAACCAACAAUCACCUGGCGCAGGGAAGGAGGAGAAUACAUUCCUAUAGGAACAGGAAAAGAAGUACCUUCAAUAGAUGGAACCACAUUCAACAUAACAAAGGUCAAUAGGUUACAUAUGGGUCCAUAUUUAUGUAUUGCCUCCAAUGGUGUUCCACCGUCAGUCAGCAAAAGAAUAAUGCUGAUUGUACAUUUCCCGCCUAUGAUAUGGAUUCAAAACCAACUGGUCGGAGCUAUGGAGGGGCAGCAGAUCACAUUAGAGUGUUACUCAGAGGCUUAUCCAAAGUCGAUUAAUUACUGGACAAAAGAAGGCAACAUGAUUGUCGAAGGUGCCAAAUAUGAGCAAACGUUGGAUAAUAAUGCCUACAAACUUCAUAUGAAGCUAACUAUACGUUCGGUAAAUAAGAGUGAUUAUGGUUCUUAUAAAUGUGUAUCCAAGAAUUCUCUUGGGGAAACAGAUGGCACCAUAAAACUGUACCAUAUACCUUCUCCUUCAACAGUGAGGACUACAACAACUACAACGCCAGCCCCUGUUAAACUAGUUUUAGACAAAGCUGUCGGCAAGCAGCGUACCCGUUUAAAAGAAUUAAGCUCAGCCCAAAGCAGCAACGAAAUAUCCGAACCUGCAGUCACGGAGAAAGGGAAAGGUGAAUAUAUAUCCACAUCUUCAUUUUCAUAUCUUUUCUUUUAUAACCGUGCUAUAAAUAAAUGUCUAGGCUGUAGCAGCUCAGUGUUCUUUUUCUAG